AUGUCAUUAGAUGCUGACAUCGAUCAAGAAUUAUGUCCAUUGACAUUGUCACCUAGACGUCAUUUUCUUAUUGUUCCUUCAUUUAAUCCUGAACGUCGACAUUCAUGGGGAAAUGUUAUAUUACGCCCAUCACAUCGAAAUCAUGUUGCUACAUCAGCUAUAACUAUUACUGCCAAUGAAGAUUCUAUUCGAAGGUGAGAGCUUUUAUUCGUGACAUAUAACGUCAGGUGUAUUGUCAUGCACUUGUUGUUUAUUAAGAAAAAAUGAGAAGAGAA